UAGGGCAUCGGCCACUACCUUAUAAACCCCGAGCAAGGAACAAGUAGCCGAACUAGGGUUUAAGUGUGGUGGAAUUGCGCUGCUACUGCGGAGGCGGCUUCGUCUGCUUUCGUUUCUAGUUCAUCAUCCGAGAUCCAGGAGUCCCCUUGCUUGGAAUCAUGAGCAUCGAGGCAGUGAAUCCGAAGGCAUACCCCUUGGCCGACGCGCAGUUAACCAUCACCAUCCUCGAUCUCAUCCAACAGGCCGCCAACUACAAGCAACUUAAGAAAGGAGCAAAUGAAGCCACUAAGACGUUGAACAGGGGGAUAUCAGAGUUUGUGGUGAUGGCAGCAGACACAGAGCCACUCGAGAUCCUCCUCCAUCUCCCUUUGCUUGCGGAGGAUAAGAAUGUGCCAUAUGUCUUUGUUCCUUCCAAACAAGCUCUUGGGCGAGCUUGUGGAGUUACACGACCUGUGAUUGCUUGUUCUGUGACUAGCAAUGAAGGUAGCCAGUUGAAGUCCCAAAUCCAACAGCUCAAGGAUGCAAUUGAAAAGCUUCUUAUCUAGAUAAUGAGGUUUCAGCAUGAUGAGCUUCCUAGAAGAAUGUUUCAGGAGGCUUGGACUGAUGAAUCUUGUCAUGUUUCCUGGAGUCUUGAGUUAUGUCUCUUGCUGGAAGAUAUUAGUUAACCCGCUGUUGUAGUCUUAAAAACUAAAACUACUUUGGUUAUUGUUUCUUCCACUAUGCAAUUAUUGUAACUUGAGAGAAAUUGGAGGAUAAAUUCAGUUUCUUAUAUUGUAUGCUUAUGCCCUUAUUUUCCAUCA